ACAAGAUUAGAUCCAAGAGUUGUAUUUCCUGAAUGAACUAUUCAAGCUUAUGUAGUGCUUUUACUGAGUUUUUCCACUAGGCGGCGUGUUUGCACAAGUUUCCUAAGGUGCUUAUCAAUAACUACUAAAACAUGAGAUAAGACCCCCAAAUCAGUACAUUACAACAGCGUUAGGCCUUUAUUUAUCUUACAUCUUAUACCCAUUACUAUGUGUCUACUUUCCGUUUUUAUGGUCAAUAAACAAAGAGUCUGUGGGGAGUUUUUGGCGGCAGUGCUCCUCCUGAGGCUCCGCUCCUUUGGACCCUAAAACUUUCUCCAUGUGAUUCACUGAGCCGCAGCUGUUGCACUGAGUUUCUCAUUCAGAUCAGCGCGCAGCCCGACCCGCAGACACCUCCAACAUGACUCCAUCUGAUUCACUGAUUGCACCACUACAGCUCCUGCUUUUGGAUUUCUCUCAUUUUUUGUCACACACAUAAAGUCCUCGGGAAGUAAUGGGAUUCAUUUCUAUCCGGAUUCGUUCUUUGAGGAAAGGCUGAUCAACUUUCGCGGAUGAACCGGAGGAAUGAAGACGCGCUCGAACACCACAGCUUAUCAUUAUGGACGAAACAUCGCCUACAGCGGGGAAUACAAAUAACUGGAAGGCUUUUUAAGAAGGCGACUGGAGACUUACAAGAUUGGCAGAACCUAUUAAGAAGAAGUCUGUAAAAGCAUAUCCAGGCAUCCAAGAAUGAGGAUCAAAUACACAAUAUCCGUCGUCUUUUUCGUGACUCUAGUUAUCAUUGAGAAGGAAAACAACAUCAUAUCCCGGGUGUCGGAUAAACUUGCCCUAAAACAAACCCCCCAGACCCCUCUACAGCCCAGUGGUUCCUCCCACAUAUUGCCAAAGAAUAAUGGUUCCCUUAUCUCAUUUGGAAAGAUGGACUCUGCCUUCAUGUUGAUGAAGCGACGCUUAGAGAACUACAGUGAGCACCAGGGGCUGGUGACCAGGGGUAGGAAACACAUCCUCUUGUUGGCUACCACCAGGACUGGCUCCUCAUUUGUAGGGGAAUUCUUCAACCAGCAGGGUGACAACAUGUUCUUCCUGUUCGAGCCAUUAUGGCAUGUGGAGAAAAUGUUGACUCUGGAGACAGGCGGCACCAACGCCACAGCAUCCGCAAAGGCAUACCGUGAUGUUCUCCAGAAACUGUUCCUGUGCGACUUCUCCCUGCUAGAGAGGUUCAUCGAACCCCUUCCUGUCGACCACAUCACCCCCAACCUCUUUCGGAGAGAGUCGAGCAGCUCUUUGUGUGAGGAGUCAGUCUGCAGCCCUAUUGUCAAAGGGGUCUUUGAGCGUUAUCGCUGCAAGACCAGACGGUGUGGACCCCUAAAUUUGACCAUGGCUUCACAGUCCUGUCUUCAAAAGGAGCACAGGGCCAUCAAAUCUGUAAGGGUACGCCAGCUGGAGACACUCCGUCCUCUAGCAGAGGAUCCUCGCCUUGAUGUGAGAUUUAUCCAACUGGUUCGAGAUCCUCGAGCUGUUCUAGCCUCACGGAUGGUGGCAUUUGCUGCCAAAUACAAGAACUGGAAGCAGUGGGCUAUGGAUGGGGAUGUGCCCAUUGAUGAUGACGAGGUGAGGAAGCUGAAAGGGAACUGUGACAACAUCAGGAUGUCUGCGGAGAUUGGUCUCAAGCAGCCACCGUGGCUUCGAAGGCGGUAUAUGCUGGUGCGGUAUGAGGACAUCGCCCGGUUCCCCAUGAGGAAGGCAACAGAAAUGUAUAGAUUUGCUGGAAUCCCGUUCACUCCACAAGUGAAAUCCUGGAUCUUGAAAAACACCCAGGCCUCCAAAGAGGCCAGUGGUGUUUACUCUACACAGAAAAACUCAUCGGAGCAAGUAGAGAAAUGGAGAUUUAGUUUACCGUUCAAAAUAGCCCAGGUUGUCCAGAGAGUUUGUGGUCCAACGCUGAAACUUUUUGGUUAUAAAUUUGUAAGCAGUGAAGAAAUGCUUACAAACAAGUCGAUUAGCUUGAUUGAGGACAAAGUGUUUAACUUUUCAUAGGCCUUGACAGACCUUAUCUGAGUCUGGAUGCAGGAAACCCCAACCUUUGAAAUGACUGAUAUUUAUUGGGUCUUUUGUCCCGAUACAAAGAGCGGUAUAUUUUCUGGCAAUGUGCUAUUUAAAGUUUUGUACUAUUUAAAACAGUGUGAUGAAGAAAAUGUGUCACUGAGCAGAAAAUACAUGUAAAGCUUUUUAGUGUUGAAAGGUUUCAGAGACAAUGUUUGAACUAUAAAUAAGAGUAUAGAUGAUUACAAUAGAAAGGUAUCUUUGUUUUUGCACUAUUUUCUCUGUCCAAAGAAAAUUGCAUCUUUGGCUUGUCCUGAAAGCAAGUCCAAAUGUAAUUUCUAAGCAAAUACAGAAAAGUCCAAAGAGAGAUGUGCGGGGUUUCAAACACUUCCAGGAGCUUUGGAAAGUUUUACACAGCAAUAGAUGAGAAAGCAACAAAUGCUGCUUUUACACCAAAGAAACUUGAAAAGAAAAACAUAUUUAUGCAAUGCUUAUAUCAGCUAGAGGAAAUACCAAAGUUUGCCGGGUAAUUUCCACUCAUGAGAUUAGACAGUUAUAUCCUAUGCAUAAUUUAUUUUUCUUCUUUUUUGCUCAGUGUCGUAAUGACUUCAGCUCUGAAUGUGCUCCACAGGUUCUUUCCCCCUUUGUUGGGGUGCUUUUCUUGCACAUGUAUAUUGUAUUUUGCUGGACUUGCAUUUAUAACUGGCCAAAAGCUGUUGGACUGUAAAGACGCAUUCUGUAAAAACAGAUGUUUACACUGCCACUGUAUGCAAGCAUUCCAACUGCAGCUGGUUUGCAGGGUUGUGCGAGGUUUGUCGGCAGCUCUCUGUCUGUUGACACAAGUCUGUUGGCUGGUGAUAAAAAGAGGCCCUGAUACUCUGGCCUGCCAGACUGUUUGCUGAUGUUCCGGUCUGUUCUUUUUGCAUUUUGUUUGUUGCAAUAAACCUUUAUACAGUAACAGUAAAACAUCUCACUCUUGGAAUGGAUGCUAUUCAAAGUUUCACAUUUGACUAUUAUGAACCCUAAAGAAAAGGCUGUUUGGUCUUGUGAUUAUCUUUUUAAGGGAUCAAAGAGUUGAAGCAUGAAAGCAAAAAGGAAGUGAAGUGUCAGAUCCAUGUCAAAGAUAUUUUGGUGGUGUAACUAAGUCUUACAGCCAUCAGUACAAUCCUCAGUCAACAGUGUCCCAGCUCUAAAUGUGACCUUUGUAAAGCUUCUAGAGGAGUUUCCCCUCUUCAGUCUGUUAGUGGGUGUGUUGUCAGAGCUGAGGCCUCCCUAUGUUUAUCAUUAGCAAAGGGAGAUGUCUGGCACAAGUUGAGUCACCUAAAAGAAAUAGCCACCAGGGAUUUAUUGCUCAACAAAGCUUUAAACUGAGGGUUAAAAACAUCCACAUUAAUAACAACCUCUCCAUGACGGUCUAAAGAGAGACAUGAGGCACAUGGCCUGGAGAGCAGUUCUCAGAGUCUGUACUGAUGUGUAGCUUGUGUCUGAAAUCACACUCAUUCACCACUCCUUAUAUAAUGAGCUUUCUAUGGUCAAUUAAAAAAAUGAUUUUGGACACUGAUAAUGGUGUCAUUAUGUUGUUGUAAAAUAUAAUCGUUCCUUAAUGGCAAGAACAAUGAGAGAACAGAUCUCCAACUAGGUUGUUCAGCUAGUCAUACUGCUAUAUUACACAGCAAAAUGGACAGCGUUAAUUAAACUCUUGGAGUUAAAUUCAAAACCUUAGAAGUGUCUAUGUUGGUCGACGCUACAUAUAGUUAAACUACACUUAUGGAAGUGUUAAAUAUUGUAGAAUAUAACAGAGCUGCAGUAACUCUUGAAAAUCUGUGGUAAGGUGGGUCUCUUCUUGCAAAAAACGCAGAGAUUCAACCUCUGCAAGGCAAAAAAAUGCUAAUGAGGAAUAUACUCUCUGCGUCCUAAAGUCACAGGUGGGAUCUCUCAGUGAAAAACUUCACACACAAAUGUGUGUCUCACAUGAAAAACAACAACCAUUCACAAGAAACAUGAGCAAAGGAACCCCAGCAGAGAUCACUGUACAACAGGCAACACCCAAACACAACUGAACACAUAUAAAACACAUCUACACACUCUACCCAAGGGGAUGACAGAGAACAACUGCUGUUUGGGGAUGAUCAGGAAUCAUUCUCUAGCUAUGUGUUACUGUGUAGUCGACAGAGGUUGAAUAAACACAAGAGUACUGUACUCAAGUUAGGGUGAAGUUACUCUGGUUAAAACUUACUUAUCAGACAGUUGAAGGGCUAGGGCCUGAAAUGUCACAUAUGUGGUCAUAAUCUUCAUUAAAUAAUCUUCGGAGCUGCUUCUGGUGUGCAGACUUAUUUCUAUGCUUUGCCUGGGACUUUUCUUGGUUCAGCACCCAGCACUUAACCCUUUGGGAUGUGCGUGCCUUUUAACUUUUUUGAACUUAAAGGGAUACUUCAACAUUUUGGCAAAUUUGUCCAUUGCCAUAAUUCCUAUAGUCUUAGUAAUAGGUUCGUUACCUUCAGUUGUCGGUGCAAGCUAUUUUCAGAUCGCCACUGCCGAGUUCGGACCUGCUGUGCCAACUCAAUGUAAGCAGACGGUAUUCCAGCUUUCCCUCAUCAAACUCAUCAAAUACACAAUCCAACAACUCAAAAAGAACACUCUAAAAUAUAACCAAAGUGAUUAAAAAAGUCAUUGUUUAAAAAUUAAGUCAAGGUAAAAAUAAUCACCCUGAUAUCUGAUUAGAAAGAUAUUUUAUUUAUCUUGAAGGAAAUCUGAGGGACGGUUAUCUCUAUUUUAAAUUAUAUAAGUUAUAUAGGCUACAUAUUUUGUAUACAUUUAUUUUGUUCAUUAUGUCUUAAUUUCUAGGAUUAUUUGUACAUGUAUGUCUAGCAGUUGUGAUAAAGAGAUGAUGCUUAUGACUGUUAAAUUUAUUAUAUGCCUUUUUUUAAAUUCUUUCAGGACAGGAAAAGGCACCUUGGAGGAUUUUCCUUUUCGUGGGAGCCCAAACCCUUACACACCUGAGAUGUCUGCUGAGCUGUCCACACAUUCAGUGUUUUGCAUACAUGUCAUGCAUAUUUGUGUUAAAGAGAAGAAUAAAAAAAUAUAAAUAUAA